AUAUUAUUUAAAAUAAAAAAUGGCUAUCAGAAACAGAUUGUUCUAGGCUUUCAAUACCGUCCAUAGGUACAUUAAAUAGAAAAUAAUAGAAUUUUUAAUGUUGAGGCCAAAUUCUUACCAUACACUUGCACAACAAGAAAUGAAACCUUAAUACAGAAUCAUGUUAAACAUUAAUCCUAUUUACAGUAAAAAAUUUGAUAAAAUUAGCUAUGCCAAAAAAGAUUAGAAUCUAUAAAAUAUUACUAGAUUCUCAUUAGAUGAAUUCUAAAAAAUGGAAUAUAAUGUCAUUACCCAAUUUUAGAGAACAGGAUUAAGUAUAAUCAUUUAUAUCAUAAAUAGAUAAUUAAAGUGUUGAUCCACAUUAAGUCAUUUACUAGUUGGAUAGAAUUGAAGUCUUAAGAAAAUUAAAGUAGAUAUUAUUAUUAAGUUCUAGAGUUUUAGAAUAAAAUGCAGCAGCAUUUCCAAGAGAUGAAGCUGAAUGCUUAAAAUUAAUUGCCAAAGUCCAUCUAGAAGAACCAAAGUAUAGCAAAAUUAUAAAUAUUAGUGCUAAAGAAAACUUGGAUAAAUUUAUUGAGGCUAAUCCAUCAUGUAGAAGAUUAUUGUAUUUGGGAUAAAUAUGAUCAUGAUCAAUUAUUACAAAUAAACAAUAAAAAACAUAAAAUUAUAUGUAAAU